UGGUGCUUUAACACGGCUGCACACUCGCGGAGUUCGCCCAUUUGAAGACUGGCGUCCGAGCUGCAAAGACGUGACAGGACUGCAAUUUACUCUAAAUGGGUUUCAGAGUUGUGCUCUUAGCCGCCACCGGCCUGGGAGCCAUGUACAUGAUGCAUCUACUGGCCCAGGAUUGGGUGAAGAUCCGACCCAUUCGAGGAAUUACCCAACUAGCCGGAAUGGCCGCUCAACCGCUCCAACAGGUUAUUGCACCCAUCCAACAAGCCAGCGGGGCUCUAAAUUUAUUCCGGAGCAGAAGAGAGGCCAGCCUGAAUCAUGAACUUGGUUGGGUGCGAAGGACCCAAGAUUCGGGAGGGGGGAAUGGUGGCAGGGGUGGCAGUGGUGGCGCCGCAGGAGUCCUGGAUCACAGGACACCACCUGCCGUCGAUUGGAAGAGGAUCCUAUCAAGGGAUCCCUUCGAGUGCCUGCAAUCCUUGAUAUGUCAACUGAUGUCCGGAGCCGAAGCGAAAGUUCCGGAGGCUGAGUUGCUCAUGGAUUAUCUGGAGUCAUCUCUGGAGCUGGCUCCGGCCAAGAUUGGUCGCGCCUUCAGCCGAGGAUUGGCCUUACGGGGCUCAACGGAGCUGUGCUUCAACGAAUAUCCAUUUUGCCUCUACUCCGCCAAAACGAUGUUGCGCAUCCUGCGUUGGUUCAGUGAAUCGGGUGAAGUGCCCGUGGAUAAUGUGGCCUAGUUGAAAUCCAUUCUAGUUUCAGUUUAUCUUAGAAGACUUAAAGGGGAAAGUGAAAA